AUGUCAAAGGAAAGCCUCAUUAACCUUUCGGUCGAGAGUUGGGAUCUGGAGAACAAGCAUGCCAUUGCUCGUAUUGCCGGUCAAGCCCUUACUGUCGUAGAACCCAUUGUACACCCAUCAUGGGCUCGCAUGUGGUGGUCCGAAUUGCGCAAUUACCUCGGUCUCUCUCAAGAAGAACUAGUAUCCAAUCCCAUGUCGCUGGACUAUGCUAUCCAACUCUUGUCUAACAGCAAGCGAGAUAUCCGAAUCGAGAUUCUUGUUGACCUCUUGGCCCUCUCCAUGCAUCUCGAUCAUCCAACUAAAAAGGAUACACCUGUGGUCUAUGAUGCACGCUCACGUCGAUUCCUGUUUGAACUGGCUCAGCUGAUGAAACUUGCUCCUACGGAUGUCACUGCCGUCGAACGUAGCGUGGCACAGCAAAUGUACUUUGCCCUGCAAGAGAACUCGGGAGAAGAAAAGGAUCCACAUCUUGAAGAUCGAGCCACGUUGAUGGAUCAAUCCGCCAAAACAUCAAUUCAAAACACAAAUAAGCAAAAGAAGCAUCUCAAAUGGCUCGCAACAGGUGCAGGUGUUUUGGGUGGAGGAGCAUUAAUUGCAUUGACAGGUGGUUUAGCUGCACCCUUGUUGGCUCCAUUGCUUGUUGGUCUUACAGGUGCUACAUUCUUUGCCACUGCCGGUGGUAUUGCAUUGGUAACAAGUCUGUUUGGUCUUACAGGCGGUGGUCUUGCAGGUUGGAAAAUGCAUCGCCGAAUGCAGGGUUUGGAGGAGUUUGCAUUUGAACAAAUUCUGAACGAUGCCGAUCUGCCGCCUAUUCCCACUUUACAGUGCACCAUUUGUAUCUCAGGAUUCUUGAUGGAUAACAAGGAUGAAUUCAAGACUCCAUGGGAAAAAGCAUUUGCUACUGCACGCAAUUUCAACGAUAUCUACUGCUUACGAUACGAGACGGAUGCUCUGAUGGACCUUGGUAUAGCGUUUGAAAAGUUUGUGAGGAAUCAAGCUAUCAAGUAUGCCGGUGUUGAAGUGGCCAAGCAAACGGCAUUGCAUGCAUUCUUUGCUGCGGUGGCUCUUCCAGCAACGUUGAUGAAGAUUGCAGAUGUUGUGGAUAACCCUUGGCAGAUUGCUGUGGAUCGUUCUCACAAGGCUGGCAUUGUUUUGGCAGAUGUGCUUGAAAAGCGUGUGCAAGGCAAUCGUCCAUGCAGCUUGGUGGGCUAUAGUUGCGGUUGCUUGGUGAUCUGGCAUUGUCUGAAAGAAUUAUACGCAAGAGACAAGAAAGGAUUGGUGGAUCACGUGGUGCUUAUGGGUGCUCCUAUCGCUGGUGAUGAUACUCAAGGAUGGCGUGAAUGUGCAUCGGUCGUUUCGGGUCGAUUCAUCAAUUGUUUCACGGACAAGGAUUGGGUGCUUGCCUUUGUAUAUAGACUCCAUUCGCUCAAUACCGAGGUGGCCGGUUUACGCCCUAUCAAGAAUGUGCACAGGAUUGAAAAUGUGGAAUUGCAGUUGGAUGGUCAUACUAGUUAUAGAGAUUCAGUACAAGAGAUUAUGAUGCAAGUUGGCAUGGCGUAA